CUGGUGACACAUUCCCUCAGUGUCCAGAGGAGGUCAUUAUUCUGUUCUCUUUUGGGGGAAUCUUCUUCCCAGGUAUACAGUUCUAGCUCUGUGCUUCUUUUCUUUCAGAUAGUAAAUGUAUCACUGCAUUGUCCUCUGCCUUCCAUCCUUUCCACUGAGAAGUCACCUGUGAAUGUCAUCCUGGCUUCUUUGAAGGUAAUAUGCCUUUUUUUCCUCUGGCUGUUUUUAAAUUUUCUCAGUCUUUGGAUUUCAGCCCCAAUGUGCCCAGGUGUGGUUUUCUUUGUUUUCCGUUGCUAAAGAUUCUUGGUUUGGGGAAGGUUCCUUUUUUUCUUUUUCUUUCUUUCUGGUACUUGUCUAUUAUGUCUUCAAAUAUUUUGCUAACCCUAUUUUACUCCUCCCUUGUAGGAUUUCAAUCAUUUUCCCCACAACUUUUCACAAAAUAUAGGCGUGUUUAUUGCUCCACUUUUUUUACGUCUCUCUUUUCUUUCCUACUCAGGUCUGACAUCUCCUCAUCUCCCUUCCUUUAGGAAUCUUCUCUUUAGGUUUGUUUGUAUGUUGUUAAGCUCAGCUACUUGGGUCUGAAUUUCAGCUGUUGUGUUCUUUGUUUCCAGAAUGUCUGAUUCCAUUUGAUGAAUCCAGUUUGACACUAAAGUUCUCCAUUUGUCCUCUGUUUUCUUGAGCAAGCUAAUUGGCAUUACUCUGAAUUCCAGUUUGACAAUUCUAAUAUCUAAAAGCCCCACGUAUCUGUUUCUCUUGUUGGUAUUUUCCUCUUGGUCCUUUGGUCUUGUUCUCUAGCACCCCUAGUCAUUUUUGACUGAAUGUCGGACUUUAUGACAAUUUGUCGGAUUAUUUGAGCCUCUGUUGCUGCUGCUGUCUGCAGAGGAGAUCGCUUUUGUUUCCGGGGGGCAGUUAGGCUGCGGAUAGGCCACAUGAGUUCAAUACGAGCCGAUUUAAAGAUAAGCUGCGUUCUUUCUGGUUGUUCCUUCCUCCUAGGGAGUAGCCCUUCACUUAUAUUCAGCAUUUCCAACUGAAAGCCUGCGGUUUUUUUUAACUAGAAUCCCCCCACCUUGUCAGGUCCUGAACUCUGUGUGUUUUUCUUCUAAUUUCAUGAGACUACAAAAAGCUGUGCUCAGCUGAUCAGCCUCUCGUCCUAUUGGCUGUGGCCUGUGAAUUGGUGAAUGUCUCAAUAAGAAAAUCUGCAAAGAAUAUCGGACUCACUUCUGUGCAGUUUCUCUCUAAUGGGGAUUCACUCACUCGGGUCUCAGCCGUCUUGACACCUCCCGGCCCCUUUGAACAGAUUUUGUUUGUAAAUCAGAUUUCUAAUUUUUCUCAGCUGUAUGGCCACUCUGAUGUAAGCCAGUUCUCCCUACACAAAAGCAGAACUUGGCAGAGCAUUUUACACAGCAUUAGAAAAAGGCGGCACAAUGGAAUCAUUUUCAAAAGCAGAACUUGACAGAGCAUUUUACACAGCAUUAGAAAAAGGCGGCACAAUGGAAUCAUUUUCAGGGUUCAAAAUUACUCUUCAAUAGUUUCUCCAAAAAAGUAUAUUAUUUCAGCCCAUUUUUGUAAAGGAUCUUCCUUGUGCCAGGCAGUAUUUUAGGCCUUUGAAGACUGAGUGGUGAACAAGACACAGUCCCUGCUCACAUGAAGCUUACGUUUGGAGAACGGGAGCUGAGGACAGCAAGGACACUGAACAGGAACAGGGAAGAGACGCGGCACAGAGACCCUGAUGGCGCCAGGUGCAGGGCUCACGCCUGUCAUCCCAGCUCUUUGGACAAGGCAGGAGGAUCACUUGAGACCCCAUCUGUACAAAUAUUUUAAGAAAUAUUGAUAAUGGGACUUGAAUUAUCUAUUAUUGAAGCACAUCAUAAAGCAAUGGCCUUUAAGAGUAGAACCAAAUCCAUGCCCAAAAUGGACCAGUGAAAACUUUUCUUUCCUGUCUGAAACCCAGUCCUAUCCCCAGCAUUCCCACGUGCAAGUCUGAGUGGGCCUCGGGGCAGGCCGUGGGGCGGGACGUGGCCUCUCCUUCCUUGCUCCUCUUCUCCCUGUUUUGAGCUCUAACUCCUCCAGUGACAGGGACGGGGAAGGAAUGUGCAGGGCCACCACUGUGGGGCUCACUGGCCACUGCUGCCCCUUCUCUCCAGGUGCUCCAGUGCUCCCAUCUUCUACCCGCUGCUCCUGCCUCUUCAGUGAGGACCGGCUUUAGGGAGGAGAUGCCCCCAUCAUCGUGAGUGGGACAGCUCUCGCUUGGGAUGCCACACUUUGCUUAAGGCUGAAGGGUCACCCCCACCUCCACAGCCCCCUUCUUACAACCAGGGCUGCACUAGUGGGUGCUGGGACCAGGCCCACCUUCACUCUUGCCUCAGGGAUCUACAUGGGACAGGACACAGCUCAGACUUGACGGGAGAUUUAUGAGCUGGGCCACAUUACAGGCAAACACACAUCCCUAAUCAUGACAGACGCUUCCUUUCAGCAAUAAGGAAGGGGAGGUUGGGGGGCUGGGACAACAAGGCCAGGAGGGGUAUAAAAGCCUGAGAGCCCCAAGCACCUCACACACUCACACAGUCACUCACUCACUCACACUUCCCCCAGCUCACCUCCUCCACACCCCAGCAUGGCCGCAUCCACCAUGUCCGUCUGCUCCAGUGCUUGCUCCGACUCCUGGCAGGUGGACGACUGCCCAGAGAGCUGCUGCGAGCCCCCCUGCUGUGCCCCCAGCUGCUGUGCCCCAGCCCCCUGCCUGACCCUGGUCUGCACCCCAGUGAGCUGUGUGUCCAGCCCCUGCUGCCAGGCGGCCUGUGAGCCCAGCCCCUGCCAAUCAGGCUGCACCAGCUCCUGCACGCCCUCAUGCUGCCAGCAGUCUAGCUGCCAGCCGGCUUGCUGCACCUUCUCCCCCUGCCAGCAGUCCUGCUGUGUGUCCGUCUGCUGCAAGUCUGUCUGCUGUGUGCCCACCUGCUCUGAGGAUUCUUCAUGCUGCCAACAGUCUAGCUGCCAGCCGGCUUGCUAUGCCUCCGCCCCCUGCCAGCAGGCCUGCUGUGUGCCCGUCUGCUGCAAGUCUGUGUGCUGUGUGCCUGUCUGCUCUGGGGCUUCUACUUCAUGCUGCCAGCAGUCUAGCUGCCAGCCGGCUUGCUGCACCACCUCCUGCUGCAGACCCUCCUCCUCUGUGUCCCUCCUCUGCCGCCCCUUGUGCAGGCCUGCCUGCUGUGCCCCCGCCUCCUCCUGCUGUGCCCCCGCCUCCUCCUGCCAGCCCAGCUGCUGCCGCCCGGCCUCCUGUGUGUCCUUCCUCUGCCACCCCACGUGCUCCCGCCCUGCCUGCUGAGGACUUGGCUCAGGCCAGGAAUCCAGCUGCUGAUGGGCAGGUGCCCAGCCUCAGGUCCUGACCUGGGUUAGGUGGCUGUCCCCACCUAGGGAUGGGUCCUCGUGUCUCCCCUGAGCUGAGGUGACCACCCUCCUUGCUCCCAGGAGCCCCCAUCCUCACUGCUCCCCAGCUCCUGCCUUCUAGCACUUGCCCACUUGCUGCUGGGCCCCUGUCCUCCCUCCCAGCUUCUCUGCCCUGGGUCAUUUGGCCUGUCAGCACCUCCUCCUGCUCCCAAUAAACUCU